AUGUCAUCAUUCAAGAAAUUCGCCGAUAGUCUCUUUUCCAAAAAGACGUUAAAGUACAUGUGUACUACCCAUUUCUGGGGACCAGUUUCCAACUUCGGUAUCCCCAUAGCUGCCAUUAUGGAUUUGAAAAAGGACCCGGAAGUCAUUAGUGGACCCAUGACGGGAUCAUUGAUAUUGUACAGUUUGGUGUUUAUGAGGUAUUCGUUGGCGGUGACUCCCAAGAAUUAUUUGUUGUUUGGGUGUCAUUUUGUUAAUGAGUUGGCUCAGUUGGGUCAAGGGUUCAGAUGGACAAAGUUCCAUUAUCUUGACAAGGACGCUGCCGAGAAGAAGAUAAAGAAUUGA